AUGAGCAAAACAGGCAUUCGUUUCAGAAUCGAUCGCCACGAUCUGGCGGCCGGCGGCCUGGUUUUCGCGUGGCAUUGCGGUAGAGCCGGUAUGUGAUAGUCUCAAAAUGUUGGCGGGACCUGUUUUGAUGACAGAACAACAUGAUCAACACCAUAUUAUUGCACCAUUUCCCGCCAACAAACGUCUUUCCAUGACUGCGUCUCUCCGCCUUCACCCUCUCUCUCUCUCUCCUCGUUUUCAGCCAUGUUGCGCCUGUUAGUCUCCCUCUUCCGAAUGGUUUUCGUCAAGCGUGAACGCGUCGAUGACGACUCGCUGGCCCGUCGGAAGCCGCUGGAGACGCCGUACGAAGGACCGUGUCAGUUCGGAAAACUUCCCGAUGAAAUCAUCGGACACAUUUUCACGCAGGUACCCCUCUCUAGCGCGCCUCAGUUUUCUCAACUUUCCGCCCAUUUUGCAGCUCUCUCACUCGGAUGCGGUCCGUUUCAGUCAGACCAACUGUCAGAUGUUCAACGUGUACGGACGGUUCAGACGGUACAUCAGAGGACCACACGUGGCGGUUUACAUCAGCAUCGCAGCCGACGGAGACGUUGUGGUGAGUCGUGUCUAUGGAGAUUCAAGAGACAUUGCUUCUAGAUCCGUGCACGACCCUACCGAGACAUUCGCGUCGAGGCUACAGUAAUCCCGCGCGAGAAUCGCACAAAGUUCUUGCGAAACUCGGUCGUCAACCUGUCGCUCCGACUGGGAACGAACGAGAUGAGUGACGAGCGGGCCGCCGACAUUCUGGAACUGUUUGCGAGUUCGGUCGUCGAAGAGAUCAAGGUGCACGCAUCGAGAGUAUCGCGGCACACAAAGGACCUCGUGAACAGUCUCGGCGCGCCAAAAGUCUACUUGACCAUCGGACGGUACAGUGACGAGGUGGCCGAAGUGCGCAAUGUAAGUUUUAGGCGAUUGUUACGUCGUGAUCCGGAUCAAUUAUUUCAGGUCAACUACCUGAGCAUCAAGCACGAGCUCCUCUUCUUCCAACUGACGGCCAUCGUCGCCUGCCGACCCAAUCUCGAAGCGUUUUCGGCAAAAGUGACGGCCGCCUCGCUGCCGCUCAUCUUCGAUUGCAUAUCCGAGUGGCGAGACAGUCGCCGGAACAUCGUCAGCUGGUACUUCCGCGUGCCGUUGGUCGAGAUCUUUCGCGAUUACGGUCAGGUUCCGAUCAACUGGCGACGGACCAUCACGCGGCGAAUCGACGGAAGCGCCCGUCUCGUGAUGCAAACGAACGUGUUGCCACGUGAGGAGGGAGAAGCCGUCACCUAUCAGUCGGUCAACUGGAUCCAAGCUUGA